AUGGCCGAAUCUCCGAACCAAGAUAAUGAUGAUCAACCUCUCUUAAACUUGGAGGUACCGUUAGAAGAUUUGGUAAUCGGCGAAGACGAGACUUUUCACACCGAAAAUGCUUCGUCUCAUGAUUGGGAGCGCCGCAAUGUGACGGAACGAACUGAUGGUAAAAUCCAUACACGCGUUGAGUUACUUUCAGUCAGCCACGGAACCUACAGUGAGGACGAAGGGAAAGCGACACUUUUAGUUUUCCGCUUCCGUUUCGACCCCCAGAAGAGCUCUCGACGAGUUCUAAGAGCUACGGUUCAAAUCGAGUUUUUGGGUAAGAGUGGCGAGGCGCCUGUAGUCGAAGCCAUCGCCCCCGAAGAACGGUGGACAGUGGUACCGACCACUGACUCUGAAUCAACAACACGCGGGGGGCAGCUAAACUUGGGUCUUCAGGGUGUACCCCUUGUGUCUGCUGGGGGAACUGCAAGCUUGGAGAAAACAAUAAGCAGGGAUGUCAGCGACGCGACAACUAUAACAGGCAGUAUCAAUCUCGGUACAGGCAAGAAUUCGGGCGAUUCGACGGUAGCAUUUUGGAACUUUCAGGAGAAUUCGCGCCGCAGAUCGGGUGUUCCAGAUUCGGUAACGACUGCGAUCCGUCGUGUCCGGUCAGAUGAUGAGCCUUUUAAUGCUGUCGUGACGUUGGAGGCUGAAGUCGACUGGGUGACUGGAUUGGAGAACAAGUUUACAAAGAUACCCUUGGACGAUCCUAUCCUAUUCAAUCCCAAGGCAACAGGAGAAAAGGCGAAAAUUGGAAGGUCACACGGAGUGGAAAACUUGGCCAGCAUCUCAUUGUACGACUUAUGCAAGGUGAGAUUUGCUGUGGAGGCUCCGUUUACCGUCAAAUGA